AUGGAAGCGCAGACCGACGCCGUCCCCGGCGGCGGCGACGAUCUCGCGACCAUGCGCGAGCAGUGCCGGACCCUGGAGGAGUCCAUCACUACCCGCCGGGAGGCGCAACUCGACCUCAUCGGCUCCCUGCAGCACCUCGUCCCCGACCUGGUCCCCACCCUCGACCAAUCCCUCCGCCUCAUCGCCGCCUUCAACGGCCGCCCCUUCGUCCCCACGCUGUACCCCAACGCCAGCAUCCACGUGCAGAACCCCAGCCUCAAGCCCCACCACCGCCGCGCCCUCCCCGACCCGGCCCGCUCCACCCGCCGCAAGACCUCGCCGGGGUCCUCCCCAGCUUCCGCCGCCGCGGGGGGCGCGGGAACCGGUGGUGGCAUCGAUGCCGUGCGUACCAUGGUUGCCGUGUGUCUCCUCGAGCUCGUCCCCUUUGCCGAGAUCGAUGCCGCUGCGCUCGCGCGCCGCCUGCAGUCCGAAACGUCGUCCGCCAGCGAGGCCGAGCGGGCUGCUCUAGCCGACCUCGCCGCGGAGCUUGGGGGCUCCGCGCCCGCUGCGGUUGCUCUUGCGCUCCGUCGCAUCGCGGAAGACAGCGGCAGCUUGCAGAUCGAGGAGGCCUUCAUUGGGGGCAAGCAGAUGACUAUGGUCUGGGCCAUCGACCGGAGCAAACUCCUCAAAGAGCUACCAGAAUCCUCCUCUGCGCUCCAAAUCCAACCUCCGACGACUCCACAGGUGGCUCCCACCGAUACUGAUACUAACAGCGCCAUCAUACCAAGGCCUCCGCCACUGCAGCAGCUGGAUAUGUGGGGUCACCCAAUGCCACCGAUGUUCCCACGUCCCAGGGGCAUGGCAAUGCCGAGAAUGCCGCCAGGGUUGAUGCCGCUGCAGCGACCAUUCAUGGUACCAGGGGCAGUUAUCCCAAUGGGUGGUGGUCCGGCGCCGAGUUCCACGCAGCUGAAGCUGAGGACAGAGGAGGAUGAUCUUAAGGACCUUGAACUGCUGCUAAACAAGAAGACAUAUAGAGAGAAGCAGAAUACAAAGACUGGAGAGGAGCUGCUGGAUCUCAUUCACCGUCCUACAGCUAAGGAGACUGCUGUUGCUGCAAAGUUUAAAACAAAGGGUGGCUCCCAGCUGAAGGAAUAUUGUACCAACUUAACUAAAGAAGAUUGCCGACGCCAAACAGGUUCUUUUGUGGCCUGUGAUAAGGUCCACUUUCGGCGUAUUAUAGCUCCACAUACUGAUACAAACCUAGGAGAUUGCUCUUUCCUAGACACAUGCCGUCACACAAAGACUUGCAAGUAUGUCCACUACGAGCUUGAUCAAACACCAGAUGUACCUCAAAUGAUGGCUGGUGCCCUCGCACCACCUAGGCAGAUAAAGCCCCAGAGAGCUGAAUAUUGUUCAGAAAUAGAGCUUGGAGAAUCGCAAUGGAUAAACUGUGACAUUCGGAACUUCAGGAUGGACAUCUUAGGACAAUUUGGAGUAAUUAUGGCUGACCCCCCUUGGGAUAUUCAUAUGGAGCUACCAUAUGGCACAAUGGCUGAUGAUGAAAUGAGGACGCUUAAUGUUCCAACUUUGCAAACUGAUGGUUUGAUUUUUUUAUGGGUCACUGGUCGUGCCAUGGAACUUGGGCGUGAAUGUCUGGAGCUCUGGGGUUACAAGCGUGUUGAAGAAAUUAUCUGGGUGAAGACCAAUCAACUUCAACGUAUCAUUCGAACUGGCCGCACUGGCCAUUGGUUGAAUCACAGCAAAGAACAUUGUCUUGUUGGAAUAAAAGGAAACCCUUUAGUGAACAGGAAUAUAGAUACUGAUGUUAUUGUUGCUGAAGUCCGUGAAACAAGCAGAAAACCUGAUGAGAUGUACGCAAUGCUAGAACGAAUUAGCCCAAGGACAAGGAAGUUGGAACUGUUUGCAAGAAUGCAUAAUACACAAGCUGGAUGGCUUUCGCUGGGUAACCAAUUAAACGGAGUAAGGCUAGUUGAUGAAGGGUUGAGAGCAAGGUACAAGGCUGCUUACCCCGAUGUUGAGGUCUCACCACCAUCACCUCCCAGGACAAGCGCACCAAUGGAUGUUGACCAAAGUAGUUCACAGAAGGCUGCUGCACCAGAUGGUGGCGAGAGGCCUGCCUGA